ACCGAGUAAUAUAAUCGAACAAUAAUCGAGUGCGUGCGUACGGUGCGAAAGGAAUUCGAGUCGAUCAAAAAUCGAUCGAGAGAAUAUUAUUUGAUAACUUGUGAUACAAGAAAAGGUGAUUGGCGUGGAAGUGUGCGUGAAGAUGAGGCAGCAGCCGGCAGAUUUGCCGGCACGGUGUCGGUGUUGAGACACUAAACCCGGCCACCGUGUCCGGGCGUGUCUUCGGCAUCGAAUCCGAAAUCGGCACCGGCUACAGCCGAUAUGAGUUCGAAAUUCAUAAUCGAUAGUAUGCUACCUAAGUACCACCAGCAAUUCCAUCAUCAACAAUUAUUCUCGAGCGCGAAUCCCGGCACGAUCCAAGCGUGCACGACAAGCCCAGCAACCGCGAGUCUAGAAUCGAGUUUAUCCGCGGCUGCAGUCGCGGCCGCGGCAGUGAAUUACGCGCAACAGCACAAUUCCCCUAGCCCGACGGGCUCGAGUCCUCAGCAUUCGGGAAGUUCGGCCUCUACGUCACCGGCGGCACGCACAACUUCCAGCAUGUAUCCAUACGUGUCAGCAGCAGCGGCGCAUCAUCAUCAUCAGCAACAACAAGCGGUCGCGGCGGCAGCGUUCGGCGCCACAUCCAGCAUGGUGCCAGGAUUUGGUUCGACCGCGGCUUCGAGCGCAGCGUUGGCUGCGGCCGCAGCCGUCGACGCUGCAACCGCCGGCGACAAAUCUUGCCGUUACACCGCCAGCCUCACUGGAAAUGUUGCACCAACGUCCGCUGAUCCAAUGGUAAAUUAUACCCUUGGCCAUCAUCAUCAGAAUGGCGCUACACCUAGUACCCUGGUAUCUUCCGCGUCGGCUUCGUCUGCUGUUUCCGCCGCGUCCGCCUCCAUGGCCGCCGCUGCACAAUUCUAUCAUCAAGCCGCCGCUGCAUCGGCCGUCGUCGAUCCUUUGACGUCCUGCCAGCAACCUACCACCGGACAACCCAGCAUCUCGGACAUACCGCGAUAUCCAUGGAUGUCCAUCACCGAUUGGAUGAGCCCGUUCGACAGAGUCGUGUGCGGACCGAACGGGUGUCCGAGGCGCAGGGGCCGGCAGACGUACACACGGUUCCAGACCCUCGAGCUCGAGAAAGAGUUCCAUUACAACCAUUACCUGACGCGACGGCGGCGAAUAGAGAUCGCGCACGCCCUCUGCCUCACGGAACGGCAGAUCAAGAUCUGGUUCCAGAAUCGGCGGAUGAAACUGAAGAAGGAGUUGAGGGCGGUGAAGGUAAACGAGCAGGCGAGGCGGGAACGCGAGGAGCAGGAGAUGAUGAAGAAGCAGCAGGCGGAGAAGCAGGCCAAGAUGCAGCAGGAGCAACAGAACGCGGCCCUGCAGCAUCAGCAACAGCAUCACGUGAGCGGCCUCGACAAGACGCAGAGUGAUCUUCUGAAGGCGGUCAGUAAAGUGCCCACAUAGGAGGAGACUUUGCCAGGCCGGUUGUCUUUCUUUUAAAGAAAAAGAAACAAGAGACUGGACGCGCAGCCUAGACGCAAGACA